UGGGUGGGGGGAGAGAAAGAGAGUCCCCUCCAGCUGUCGAGAGCAUCACUGACAAGCUGGUCGGGUAACAGUGAGCCCUCCCGCAAAAGCGUCCACCGCAUGUCCAUGUGGGCAUUGAUCCGCGUGACACAUCACCGCCUCUAAACCAGCCCUCGGGUUCAGGGUUUGCCCCUCCUGACCAGCACCAAUCUGAGAUGGGUAGAAGGAGGGGGCGGGAAGGUUAGUUUGAAGAGGGCAGAGCUUUGCGAGAGGACGCCGAUAUUUCCCUUAUUAUUUCACCGCUGGAAGAAAAAAAAAAAAUAAAACCCAGUGGACAAUAACAGCUGAGGGAGAAAUCAGUCGGACCAAACGUCAGAACCUCAUUAACUCCACGGAAAGCCAGUCGGGAGGGAGAAGAAACACCAAGAACACACCGCUCAUUGCUGCUGGACUGCAGCUGCAACAUUCAAGAAAGAUUUUCACAGGCUGUUGCUGCCACAUACAGCGGCAGCUCCCCAGAAGUGGAGGUUGGCUGAGUCUUCUGGUUCUACUGAUAUGGCUGCCGCACUUUGGAAGCCUAAAUCACUGGACUUGGGCUUGUGGAUCUUCCUCCUGCUCCUCAAUCUCCUUCCUGAAGCCAGGGCAGUAGUCGGGCACAGAGAGCCGCUGCCUGAUGAUAGCAAAGACAAUAUCACCAUUUUCACCCGAAUCCUAGACAGGCUGCUGGAUGGAUAUGACAACAGGCUACGUCCUGGGCUGGGAGAGACUGUGACAGAAGUGAGGACAAACAUCUUUGUGACAAGUUUUGGGCCAGUGUCGGAUACAGACAUGGAAUACACCAUCGAUGUCUUCUUCCGUCAGAGUUGGAGCGACGAAAGGCUGAAGUUUGACGGGCCCAUGCAAGUUUUACCCCUCAACAACCUCCUGGCCAGUAAGAUCUGGACUCCUGAUACGUUUUUCCACAACGGAAAGAAAUCGGUGGCCCACAACAUGACGACUCCAAACAAACUGCUACGACUAGUCGACAAUGGCACACUUCUCUACACCAUGAGGUUGACCAUUCAUGCUGAGUGCCCCAUGCACCUGGAGGAUUUCCCGAUGGAUGCACACGCCUGUCCUCUGAAAUUUGGAAGUUAUGCUUACACCAAUAACGAGGUGAUCUACCUGUGGACCCAGGGAGAUGAGAGGUCUGUUGCUGUUGCAGAGGAUGGCUCCAGGUUGAACCAGUAUGACUUACUGGGACAUGUUAUUGGCAAGGAAACCAUCAGUUCCAGCACAGGAGAAUAUGUAGUGAUGACAACAUAUUUCCAUUUGAAAAGGAAAAUUGGCUAUUUUGUGAUUCAAACCUACCUCCCGUGCAUCAUGACUGUCAUACUGUCUCAGGUCUCCUUCUGGCUAAACAGAGAGUCGGUUCCUGCUCGCACUGUAUUCGGGGUCACCACUGUCCUAACCAUGACCACCCUGAGCAUCAGUGCUAGAAACUCCCUCCCUAAGGUGGCCUAUGCCACUGCCAUGGACUGGUUCAUGGCUGUGUGCUAUGCCUUUGUCUUCUCUGCCUUGAUUGAGUUUGCCACAGUCAACUACUUCACCAAGCGCAGCUGGGCGUGGGAUGGGAAAAAAGAGGGCAUGGAAAUAAGGGAACCGUUUCAGGCUAACAUGGCCAGGAUUAACGAUAUGAGAAGAGAAUCUGCCACUUUGUCCAAAAAGGCAAACAACACCUUCAACAUUGUCGGAACCACCUACGCCAUCAACGUUGCGAAAGACCAAGGUUUAACGACCAUUUCCAAGAGCGCCACCGGAGCGGCGGCCAAACACCCCUAUCUCCAUAAAAUGGAUGACCCCUACACAGAGGCCAAGAAGUCCUACAACCGCGUCAGCAAAGUGGACAAGAUCUCACGUAUCAUUUUCCCAGUUCUGUUCUUCAUCUUCAAUUUAGGCUACUGGGCCACGUAUGUCAACAGGAAGCCCGCUAUCAUGAAGGCAAACAACUUAAACUGAAUUUGACCAAAUGCUAGGCUUGAUCUGGUUUGCUUUGGAGGGUAGACAGGUUUGCAGGAGGCCAAGUCCAUUACAUCUUAUUGUGUGUGUAUGUGUGCGCGCGCGUGUUUCGUGUGUCUGUUUUUUCUUAAGAGUUUGAUAUUUUGCACGUCUGUAUAGAUGGAAGGCAAAUUUUAACAUACAGUAGAUUCACAUAAUAGUAGUGGACCUUGGAGGGAGCACAUUCUCACAUCAAAUUGUGUUUGUGUAGAGUUUCUUUGUCCCCUCCACACUGAGCUCUGGCCCUUUCCCCCUGUUGUGAGUAACCAAGUGUCCCUUUGCUGUAUCUUGAUUGCUUGCCGUUUUGUAGCGUAGUCCAGUUGUGUUCCCACUAUGUUUUGACAUGUUUGCGCUUUGCUUAUAAUAAGUUAGAGCGAGCAUGCGUUGGAAGUUUUCGUCGUAGCUCAUUUUCCGAUGAUAAGGUUUUGACACAUCCAUCAAGUUAACAACAUGCAUGUACGCACGCAGACACAGACACACAGCGAUGCAUCAGAAAACGCCAGGAGAGCCAUUCGCCGGUCGCUUUACCGUGCUCUGUUAGCCGGGGGCAGCCUGUAUAGCUCCAUAGGAACAUCAUUAAUAAUCGUCAGUGUCUGGCCUUCAGCUUGGCGCUGAAUCUCAACAGACCCAAUGCAGUAUCAUCUGGAAUUGCUAUCGCGUCCCAUAGGGCUGCCUGUACAUUUUCUAGUCCAGUGGCUCUUAUUGUUUUAACUGGCUGAGUAUGCUUAAUGACAGAGAAGCUAUGUGCCUUGGUGAACACACACAUCAUAAAAGGAAAAAAAAAAAAAAAAAAAAAAGGCUUUGACACGUUCACAUUUGCAGCACACAUACGCACAAUGGUCUCUGUGUACGUUACAUGCAAACAUAUACUGGUGUCCACAGGCGCGGUGCACUGCAGUAUGUGGCUGUACCCCACCC